UACAGUAUAGUAUGAUAUCCUUCUAUUGUUGUUUAAUUCUUGCUUGGCGUACAUCCUCCGGGAGAAAUUAGAAAUGACUGCCUCGACGGAUAAAGAGAUAAUCCAAAACCAAGAAGAUGCAAGGCCCGAAACUGUUGAAGAUGAUAUAAAGUUAGACCCGUACCCGAAGCUGGUGGCACCACAGGCAGCGCCGCGGGAGUAUGAUAUCAUCUGGAUGUCUGUGAUCAGAUUCACAUAUGGUCACCUGGCCGCGGUAUAUGGACUCUACCUAGCUUGCACCGUCGCGUCAUGGAACACUUUGAUAUUCAAUUUGAUAGUGUACAUCCUAGGGGGUAUUGGGAUUACAGCGGGGGCACACAGGCUGUGGUCGCACCGCGCGUACAAGGCCAACACGGCGCUCCAGGUCCUCAUCAUGCUGAUGAACUCCAUGGCCUUCCAGAACACCGCCUUCGACUGGGCCAAGAAGCAUCGGCUGCACCACAGAUACAGUGACACGGAUGCAGACCCCCACAACGCAUCCCGCGGGUUCUUCUUUUCCCACAUCGGCUGGCUCAUGGUCAAAAGACAUCCAGAAGUUAAGAGGCGGGAGCAUCUCAUCGACUUGUCAGACUUGUACGCCAACCCUGUGCUCAUGUUCCAGAAGAGAUACGCCGUCCCAGUCAUAGGUACCGUCUGCUUCAUCCUACCGACCUUAAUCCCAGUCUACUUCUUCGGAGAGACCCUCAGCGUUGCAUGGCACGUCAACAUCCUACGCUACAUCUGCAACCUUCACAUGUCCUUCUUCAUCAACAGCGCCGCCCACAUGUGGGGAAACAAACCUUACGAUAACAGCAUUAAACCAGUGCAGAAUCUCUUCGUCUCCUUGGUAGCUUUCGGGGAAGGCUUCCAUAACUACCACCACACGUAUCCAUGGGAUUACAAGGCGGCGGAGCUGGGUAACAACAAGCUGAACCUAAGCACUAAGUUCAUAGAUCUGUUCGCGUGGAUCGGCUGGGCAAGAGAUCUCAAGACUGUACCAGAGAAUACGGCGCAUGCUAGGAUGAAGCGGACGGGGGAUGGUAGCGAUAUGUGGGGGUACAAAGAUAAUGAAUAACUUUUGCAAAGCUGCAAAGUUGAUGUUUGGCGCGAGUGCUUGGCGAGAGCAAUCGAUAUUGAGAAACGACGUGCGAUGUCGUAACCGCUAGACGAUCCGACAUGUGAAUAAAUAAUUAAAAUAGUUAAAAUAAUAAAUAAUUAAGUGAAAUAAUAGAAUAUUGGUGCUCACAUUGUUAUUUCGUUGAAGUGUUAGGUUAUUAUUUGUACCGAGUAUUAAGUAUUUAUAUUAAAUUUAGUUUAUUAAUAUUAAGUAAUAACUAAGCAUGCCUUAAAAACAAUGGUCAUGUUGUGCAACCAUCUAGGAUUGCAAUAAAGUCAUAAUGUAGUAAUUUAAGAAUUAGCUUAGAAUCAUUAUUGUAAUCUGUUUUGGUUGCCAAAUAAAAAAAUUAAAAAAAUCGAAUUCAAUAAUAUGCUGUUU